AUGGGAAGGAAGCAACGGGGUGAAACAUUAGAGCUGGGAGUACUUCAACAGAAUGAAUUGAUUUGUGCAGAGCGAGUACUCUGGAAGCAAGCUCAAUCUGAAAGCUUCCCAGGAGAAGUAACUACGCUGUGGCAAUCCAGAGGUUCACCUGAAGCCCGUCACCCCACGGUAGCAAAAUCCAGCUCUAUUUUAAAGCGUUGGCCUUUUAUGGACCAGAACGGUAUCCUACGAAUGCGCGGAAGAAUAGGAGCAGCUAGUUGGGCGACUUUCGAUACUAAGUUUCCGAUCAUUUUACAUCGAGAGCAUCAGGUAACAUUUCUUAUUUCCGAUUGGUAUCAUCGACACUUUCGACAUGCUAACCGAGAAACAAUAAUCAAUGAGAUCAGGCAACGCUUCGAAAUCCCGAAGCUGAGAGUUUUGAUGGCAACUGUAGGGAGAAAUUGUAUGGUUUGUAGAAUUCGGGGAGCGAAACCUCAGCCACCACCCCUGAGCCUGUUGCCGGAUGCACGUUUAGCGGCCUUCAUUAGACCAUUCACCUACGUGGGCUUGGAUUACUUUGGACCCUUAUAUGUUCGGCUUGGCAGAAGCAACGUGAAACGCUGGAUUGCUUUGUUCACGUGUUUAACUAUUCGUGCAAUUCAUCUUGAGGUAGUGCACAGCCUCUCUACAGAAUCGUGUGUGAUGGCCGUUCGAAGGUUUGUCGCUCGUCGAGGCGCACCAGCGGAGAUUUUUACGGAUAAUGGGACAAAUUUUCAAGGUGCAAGUAGGCAGCUAAAAGAGGAAAUUGAGCAAAGGAACGAGAAACUAACUGCAAUAUUCACAAACGCAAACACCCGUUGGAAUUUUAAUCCUCCGGCAGCCCCCCACAUGGGAGGAGUGUGGGAACGUUUGGUGCGGUCUGUAAAGGUAGCUAUAGAUGGGAUCAGUGAAGCUAAACGAAAACCCGAUGAUGAAUGUCUGGAAACCGUUAUACUGGAGACAGAAGCGAUGAUUAAUACACGACCUUUAACGUAUAUUCCACUGGAAUCUGCCGACCAAGAAUCGCUAACACCGAAUCAUUUUCUGCUGGGAAGUUCAACGGGAAUCAAACAACGUCUUACAAGCCUGAUCGACUGUCGCAGUACACUACGAAGUAGCUGGAAGCUGGUUCAAUUACUAACAGAUGAGAUGUGGCGUAGAUGGAUUAAGGAGUACACCCCGGUGAUUACUAGGCGUAGCAAGUGGUUUGAAGAAGCAAAAGAAAUUAAAAGAGGUGAUUUGGUGCUGGUGGUGGAUGAAACCGUAAGGAACCAAUGGAUCAGAGGGAGAAUUGAACAAGUGAUCCUGGGAAAGGACGGGCGCGUACGACAGGCGGUAGUAAGAACAUCUUCAGGAUCAGUGAAGCGACCGGUGGUGAAGCUGGCCUUGCUCGAUGUUGCAGAGAAUGGUGAUCCUAAUCGCACGAGAACUGGAGGCGAUAAUCACGGUCCACGGGUGGGGGGAUGUAACGACGAGCUGAACACCCCUCGGUUAGAUGUUAACGGUAGCCGCCGGUCUUCAUAG